CCUUGAAGGUUAAGUGAUCCGGGGCUAUUUUUAAAACAGCUGGGGCCAGUUAAUCUGAAAGUGACAUUUAAAGUCACAGCAGCUAGCCUCGGCAAACAAGGAACUUGGAAAAGCGUAACCCUGAGCCCACGGUUCCACAAUUUGAAAAGCUAUGGAGCAGGAGAGCUGGGACGCUGAGGGAUUUCCUGAAUGGUCUUGUUGCUUUUCCUGUGUGGCCUGAUUCUCUCCUGCCUGACCUUUUCCUGGUUAAAGUUCUGGGGGAAGAUGACGGACUCUCAGCCAGUCACCAGCAGUCCCCCUUUGGGGAACUCCAACCUGAGCCAGGAGCCCUUGGCAGCUGCAGAAGGCUCAGGGGAGCCCCCACAGGUCAACGGCAAACCUAAGCCAGCCCCCCAUCGGGGCACCAGGGACGCCCAUGCUACUGGCCGCAGGAGAAACUCACUCCCGACCUCGCGGCAGAAGCUCCCCAAACCCCCCUCUUCUCCCAACAACGUAUCGCCCUCCCCAGAAACCCAGGCCAGCAAGAUGGGGACUCAACACCUGGAUGCCCCAGAUGCCAAUGGACUGCCUGGCCCAGCUCAGCCCCAGGGACUGGCAGCCUGUGUCCCAUCCCGGGAGGACGAGAAGCAAGAACACAUCAAGAGACAGCUGAUGACCAACUUCAUCCUGGGUUCCUUUGACGACAACUCCUCCGAUGAGGAUUCGGGUGCCACUGCCUUCCGCAUCUCGUCCAGGAAGGGCAGCCGGGCCAGCCUGGGGAUCCUGUCCCCUGAGGGGCUUCCAACACUAGGAGAAGCUGAGACCCAAAUGAGGCCAAGCAUGUCUGGUCUGCACCUGGUGAGGAGAGGCCGGGAGCACAAGAAGCUGGACCUACAUAGAGACUUCACCGUGGCUUCCCCAGCCGAGUUUGUCACACGCUUUGGGGGCAACCGGGUCAUUGAGAAGGUACUCAUCGCCAACAACGGCAUCGCGGCUGUGAAGUGCAUGCGCUCCAUCCGCAGGUGGGCCUACGAGAUGUUCCGCAAUGAGCGGGCCAUCCGGUUUGUAGUCAUGGUGACCCCAGAGGACCUCAAGGCCAACGCAGAAUACAUCAAGAUGGCGGACCAGUAUGUCCCUGUCCCAGGAGGACCCAAUAACAAUAACUAUGCCAAUGUGGAGCUCAUCAUGGACAUUGCCAAGAGGAUCCCUGUGCAGGCUGUGUGGGCUGGCUGGGGCCAUGCCUCCGAAAACCCCAAGCUGCCGGAGCUACUGUGCAAGCACGGGAUUGCCUUCUUAGGUCCCCCCAGUGAGGCCAUGUGGGCCUUGGGAGACAAGAUCGCCUCCACCAUCGUGGCCCAGACCCUGCAGAUUCCCACACUGCCCUGGAGUGGAAGCGGUUUGACGGUGGCAUGGGAGGAGGACGGGCUGCAGCAGGGGCGGGUCAUCCACGUCCCUGAAGACGUCUAUGACCGAGGCUGCGUGAAAGAUGUGGAGGAGGGCUUGGAGGCGGCUGAGAAGAUUGGUUUUCCGCUGAUGAUCAAGGCCUCUGAGGGCGGCGGUGGCAAGGGCAUCCGGAAGGCCGAGAGCGCAGAGGAUUUCCCCAUCCUCUUCAGACAGGUGCAGAGUGAGAUCCCAGGCUCACCUGUGUUUCUCAUGAAGCUGGCCCAGCAUGCACGGCACCUAGAGGUGCAGAUCCUUGCUGACCAGUACGGGAACGCCGUGUCCCUCUUCGGGCGUGACUGCUCUAUCCAGCGGCGACACCAGAAGAUCAUUGAGGAGGCGCCGGCCACCAUUGCCACGCCAGCUGUAUUCGAGUUCAUGGAACAGUGUGCUGUCCGCCUGGCCAAGACCGUGGGCUACGUGAGUGCGGGAACGGUCGAGUAUCUCUACAGCCAGGACGGCAGCUUCCACUUUCUGGAGCUGAACCCUCGUCUGCAGGUGGAACAUCCCUGCACAGAGAUGAUUGCCGACGUCAACCUGCCGGCUGCCCAGCUGCAGAUCGCCAUGGGGGUGCCGCUGCACCGGCUGAAGGACAUCCGGCUCCUGUACGGAGAGUCACCUUGGGGGGUGACACCCAUUUCUUUCGACACCCCUGCCAACCCUCCCCUCGCCCGAGGCCACGUCAUCGCAGCCAGGAUCACCAGUGAGAACCCUGAUGAGGGAUUUAAGCCGAGCUCAGGGACCGUGCAGGAGCUGAACUUCCGCAGCAACAAGAACGUGUGGGGCUACUUCAGCGUGGCAGCUGCCGGGGGCCUGCACGAGUUUGCCGAUUCCCAGUUUGGCCACUGCUUCUCCUGGGGAGAGAACCGGGAAGAGGCCAUUUCGAACAUGGUGGUGGCACUGAAGGAGCUGUCCAUCCGUGGCGACUUCAGGACUACAGUGGAGUAUCUCAUCAACCUCCUGGAGACUGAGAGCUUCCAGAGCAACGACAUCGACACGGGCUGGCUGGACCACCUCAUCGCCGAGAAAGUGCAGGCUGAGAAACCCGACGUCAUGCUCGGGGUGGUGUGCGGGGCUUUGAACGUGGCCGAUGCAAUGUUUAGAACCUGUAUGACAGACUUCUUGCACUCCCUGGAAAGGGGCCAGGUCCUUCCCGCCGAUUCCCUGCUGAACAUUGUGGAUGUGGAGUUAAUUUACGGAGGCGUCAAGUACAUCCUCAAGGUGGCUCGGCAGUCUCUGACCAUGUUCGUGCUCAUCAUGAACAACUGCCACAUCGAGAUCGACGCCCACCGGCUCAACGACGGGGGGCUGCUACUCUCCUACAACGGCAGCAGCUACACCACCUACAUGAAGGAGGAGGUGGACAGUUACCGGAUCACCAUCGGCAACAAGACAUGCGUGUUCGAGAAGGAGAACGACCCCACGGUGCUGAGGUCACCGUCAGCAGGGAAGCUGAUGCAGUAUACGAUAGAGGACGGGGGCCAUGUGGAGGCCGGCAGCAGCUAUGCUGAGAUGGAGGUGAUGAAGAUGAUCAUGACUCUGAACGUGCAGGAGAGCGGCCGGGUGAAGUACAUCAAGCGGCCAGGGGCCGUGCUGGAAGCCGGCUGCGUGGUGGCUCGGCUGGAGCUCGAUGACCCUUCUAAAGUGCGCCCGGCUGAGCCCUUCAGAGGAGAGCUCCCCGCCCAGCAAACUCUGCCCAUCCUGGGGGAGAAGCUGCAUCAGGUUUUCCACAAUGUUCUAGAAAACCUGACCAACGUCAUGAGUGGCUACUGUCUCCCGGAGCCCAUAUUCAGCAAAAAGCUCAAGGAGUGGGUGCAGAAGCUGAUGAUGACGCUCCGGCACCCGUCGCUGCCGCUGCUGGAGCUGCAGGAGAUCAUGACGAGCGUGGCGGGUCGCAUCCCAGCGCCCGUGGAGAAGGCGGUCCGCAGGGUGAUGGCCCAGUACGCCAGCAACAUCACCUCGGUGCUGUCCCAGUUCCCCAGUCAGCAGAUAGCCACCAUCCUGGACUGCCACGCGGCCACAUUGCAGCGCAAGGCCGACCGCGAGGUCUUCUUCAUGAACACGCAGAGCAUUGUGCAGCUGGUGCAGAGGUACCGCAGCGGCACCCGCGGCUACAUGAAGACGGUGGUGUUGGACCUCCUGCGACGCUAUCUGCAAGUGGAGCACCAUUUCCAACAAGCCCACUACGACAAGUGCGUCAUCCAGCUCAGAGAGCAGUUCAAGCCGGACAUGUCCCAGGUGCUGGACUGCAUCUUCUCACACGCGCACGUGGCCCAGAAGAACCAGCUGGUGACCAUGCUGAUCGACGAGCUGUGUGGCCCGGACCCCUCCCUGUCGGAUGAGCUGACCUCCAUCCUCAGUGAGCUCACGCAGCUGAGCAAGAGCGAGCACUGCAAAGUGGCCCUCAGAGCCCGACAGGUGCUGAUCGCCUCUCACCUGCCCUCCUACGAGCUGAGACACAACCAGGUCGAGUCCAUCUUCCUGUCUGCUAUUGACAUGUACGGCCACCAGUUCUGCCCGGACAACCUCAAGAAACUGAUCCUUUCAGAGACAACCAUCUUCGACGUCCUGCCCACCUUCUUCUACCACGCCAACAAGGUGGUGUGCAUGGCCUCCCUGGAGGUGUACGUGCGAAGGGGCUAUAUCGCCUACGAGCUGAACAGCCUGCAGCACCGGCAGCUCCCGGAUGGCACGUGCGUGGUGGAAUUCCAGUUCAUGCUGCCCUCUUCCCACCCGAACCGGAUGUCCUUGCCCGUGAGCAUCAGCAACCCCGACCUGCUAAGGCACAGCACGGAGCUCUUCAUGGACAACGGCUUCUCCCCACUGUGCCAGCGGAUGGGCGCCAUGGUCGCCUUCAGGAGGUUCGAGGAUUUCACCAGGAACUUUGAUGAUGUCAUCUCCUGCUUCGCCAAUAUGCCCAAGGACACGCCGCUCUUCAGCAAGGCCAGCAACUCCCUAUACCCUGAGGACGAUGGCAAGAGCCUCUGGGAAGAACCCAUCCACAUCCUGAACGUGGCCAUCGAGCACGCAGACCACCUGGAUGACGAGGCGCUGGUGCCCAUCUUCCGCACCUUCGUGCAGUCCAAGAAGAAUAUCCUCAAGGAUUGUGGACUCCGAAGAAUUACAUUCCUGAUUGCCCAGGAGAAAGAAUUCCCCAAGUUCUUCACUUUCAGAGCGAGAGACGAGUUUGCGGAGGACCGAAUUUACCGCCACUUGGAGCCUGCCCUGGCCUUCCAGCUGGAGCUCAGCCGCAUGCGCAACUUCGACCUGACCGCCGUACCGUGUGCCAACCACAAGAUGCACCUGUACCUGGGUGCUGCCAAGGUCAAGGAAGGGGUGGAGGUGACAGACCACAGGUUCUUCAUCCGCGCCAUCAUCAGGCACUCGGACCUGAUCACCAAGGAGGCGUCCUUUGAGUACCUACAGAACGAGGGCGAGCGGCUGCUCCUGGAGGCCAUGGACGAGCUGGAGGUGGCCUUCAACAACACCACUGUGCGCACUGACUGCAACCACAUCUUCCUCAACUUCGUGCCCACCGUCAUCAUGGACCCCCUGAAGAUCGAGGAAUCGGUGCGCUCCAUGGUGAUGCGCUACGGCAGCCGGCUGUGGAAGCUCCGUGUGCUGCAAGCCGAGGUCAAGAUCAACAUCCGCCAGAGCACCAGCGGCAUGGCCCUGCCCAUCCGCCUCUUUAUCACCAAUGAGUCCGGCUACUACCUGGACAUCAGCCUCUACAAGGAAGUGACCGACCCCAGAUCUGGCAAUAUCAUGUUUAACUCCUUCGGCAACAAGCAAGGGCCACAGCACGGGAUGCUGAUCAACACGCCCUAUGUCACCAAGGACUUGCUGCAGGCCAAGCGCUUCCAGGCCCAGUCGCUGGGCACCACCUAUGUGUACGACUUCCCGGAAAUGUUCAGACAGGCCCUCUUUAAGCUGUGGGGCACUCCGGACAAAUAUCCCAAAGACAUCCUGACCUACACAGAGCUGGUGCUGGAUUCUCAGGGCCAGCUGGUGGAGAUGAACCGGCUUCCCGGCGGCAACGAGGUUGGCAUGGUGGCUUUCAAGAUGAGGUUCAAGACCCAGGAGUACCCGGAAGGGCGGGUCGUGGUGGUCAUCAGCAAUGACAUCACCUUCCGUAUCGGGUCCUUUGGCCAAGGGGAGGACCUGCUGUUUGCGCGGGCGUCCGAGCUGGCCCGGGCCGAGGGCAUCCCCAGGAUCUACCUGGCGGCCAACAGCGGGGCCCGUAUCGGCCUGGCCGAGGAGGUCAAGCACCUGUUCCAGGUCGCCUGGGUGGACCCCGAGGACCCACACAAGGGAUUUAAAUACCUGUACCUGACCCCGCAAGACUACACCAAGAUCAGCUCCCUCAACUCUGUGCACUGCAAGCACGUCGAGGAAGGAGGAGAAUCCAGGUAUGUCAUCACAGACAUCAUCGGGAAGGAUGACGGCCUGGGUGUGGAGAACCUGCGGGGCUCGGGCAUGAUCGCUGGGGAGUCCUCCCUGGCCUAUGACGAGAUCGUCACCAUCAGCAUGGUGACCUGCCGGGCCCUUGGUAUUGGGGCAUACCUGGUGAGGCUGGGCCAGCGCGUGAUCCAGGUGGAGAACUCCCACAUCAUUCUCACAGGAGCCAGCGCUCUCAACAAGGUGCUGGGGAGAGAGGUCUACACAUCCAACAACCAGCUGGGCGGCGUGCAAAUCAUGCAUUACAACGGCGUCUCCCACGUCACCGUGCCGGAUGACUUCGAGGGGGUCUUUACCAUCCUGGAAUGGCUGUCCUAUGUGCCAAAGGAUAACCGCAGCCCAGUCCCGAUCAUCACCCCCAGCGACCCCAUUGACAGAGAAAUCGAAUUCUUCCCAUCCAGGGCGCCCUACGACCCCCGCUGGAUGCUCGCGGGAAGGCCCCACCCCACUCUGAAGGGCACUUGGCAGAGUGGGUUCUUCGACCAGGGCAGCUUCAAGGAGAUCAUGUCGCCUUGGGCCCAGACCGUGGUGACGGGACGAGCCAGGCUAGGGGGCAUCCCUGUGGGAGUGAUUGCCGUGGAGACGCGAACCAUGGAGGUGGCCGUUCCGGCAGACCCUGCCAACCUGGACUCCGAGGCCAAGGUGAUCCAGCAGGCCGGCCAGGUGUGGUUCCCAGACUCAGCCUACAAAACCGCCCAGGCCAUCAAGGACUUCAACCGGGAGAAACUGCCGCUGAUGCUCUUUGCCAACUGGAGGGGUUUCUCCGGUGGCAUGAAAGACAUGUACGACCAGGUGCUCAAGUUCGGCGCCUACAUUGUGGACGGCCUCAGGCAGUACCAGCAACCCGUGUUGAUCUAUAUCCCGCCCUACGCCGAGCUCCGUGGCGGCUCCUGGGUGGUGGUGGACCCCACCAUCAACCCCCUGUGCAUAGAGAUGUACGCCGACAAGGAGAGCAGAGGGGGUGUCCUGGAGCCAGAAGGCACGGUGGAGAUUAAGUUCCGAAAGAAAGACCUGACAAAGGCAAUGAGGAGGAUCGACCCGACCUAUAGGAAGCUCAUGGAACAGCUGGGUUCAGCCCAGCUCUCCGAGCAGGACCGCAGGGACCUGGAGGGCCGGCUAAAGGCCCGCGAGGAGCUGCUGCUCCCCAUCUACCACCAAGUGGCAGUGCAGUUUGCCGACCUCCACGACACUCCCGGCCGCAUGCUGGAGAAGGGCGUGGUCUCUGAUGUCCUGGAGUGGAGGACCUCGCGCACCUUCCUGUACUGGCGCCUGCGUCGCCUCCUCCUGGAGGACCAGGUCAAGCAGGAGAUCCUGCGGGCCAGCAGUGAACUGAGCCAUGUGCACAUCCAGUCCAUGCUGCGCCGCUGGUUCGUGGAGACUGAGGGCCCUGUGAAGGCCUACCAAUGGGACAACAAUGAGGUGGUAGUGAGGUGGCUGGAGCAGCACUGGCAGGAGGAAGACGGCCUGCGCUCCACCAUCCGUGAGAACAUCAAGUACCUGAAACGCGACUCCGUCCUCAAGACCAUCCGAAGGCUUGUUCAAGAGAACUCUGAGGUGGCCAUGGACUGCAUUGUGCACCUGAGCCAGCAUUUGAGUCCAGCCGAGCGCGCCCAGCUGGUUCAGCUGCUGUCCACCUUGGAGAGCCCGGCCUCCACUUGACCCACCAACCCCCCAAGCCAAUCCCAGGACUGCAGGCAGGAGAGCCACGCCGUUUGCAAAAUCCAGCCACCCUGCUCCAAUCCCUCCUGGGCGAUGCUGCUAGUACUGCUGGUCCCCAGCCUACUCCCACCAGGACAAGGACUUAGGAGAGAUCCCCUUCAGAGUGUCCCCUUGGGGAACAGGGCCCAUACCACAGUGUGGCUGCAGCACUGGAUACUACAGGGAACAAACCACAGAGCCCCCUCCUGCUUCCUGGUGCCUGGAGUGCCGGGUACACCUCAUUUCACGGUCAGUUUGUGGCAUCUUUCACAGUUUUACUUCCAAACUGAUGCCUGACAGCAGCACUGGAUCUAUUUCAGCGGAAGGAAACAGAUCCUGGGGGCAACGGUGGCUUCCAGAUAAGACAGGAGAGUUUAUGAGUGAAGAUUCUUAUUUGGAUACCCCAGGGAAGGGGAUGCCUGAUUUUUCCAAGACAACAAAUGGGGUGUUUUGUCCCUAGGAGCCCUAGGGAGUCAGGCUGGUGGCGCUCAUGAGCAGAUUUUUCUGAGAAGAAGAAAAUGAAGUGAGCAAAAAUGCCUGUCGGUAGAUCCCAGGGCCUGUAGAAGAUUCUAGGGUGGGCACUGCUGCCCCACCUUCCUGUGCACACCCUCCUGCCAGAGCUGGCGGCAGAGGUGCCACCCUCAGCAGCUCGCUCUCAGAAUGCUGCUAUAGCUGGGGCCCUGCCAGCCUGUCGUUUCUGCUGGCUUUCCUGCCUGCCGCCUUAAUGUCCCAUGCCGGGAUCCAGCGCUUGCGGGGACCAAGGACAGGACUGGGAAGACCCUGCUGACAGGUGCAGGGAGGGCUUUGCAACCUCUCCCGACUCCUGCCCCGCUCUGGUCCUCUGGCCCACUCCCACGGCUGAGGACACCAGACAUGAGGCCUGGUGGGUGUGGAGACCACUGAGGCUGCCCAGGGAUGCCUCCGCAAGGUGCGUGAGGUGGUUCUCUGGCCGGUGGUCAGCGACAGGCAUCCUACACAGGGGCAAAGUGGGAGGGGCAGGAGGAAGGUGAGUCCACUGUCUAGUACCCCAGACCAAAGACUUGGGGCUGCCCUGGGAGCAGAAGUCUUUCCUUUGUGGAUGGGGCCCUAUCUUUGGUGGAUAGUCGCUACCCCCGAGCCACAGCAGAAGAGCUGCCAGAAACACAGAAUAAACUAUUUUUU